AGAGCGCUUUGUUGGAGAAAGGCUAGGUUCGCGGCUCGCAAGUUUUAGCUCGUGUUAAUUUGAUUAUUGCUGCAUCCACCCGGAAGGAUUGCAUCUAUACAUUCACCUGCAUAUUUAUUCAUUAAUUCGCCGGCUACAUAUUUUAUCCAGUAAUCCAUCCAGGCGCCAUCUUAACGUCUGCUCCACCGCCAGCCAGCGUGCUAACUUCCUUAGCUAGCUGUUAUUGUUAGCUAGUUUUGUGCUAAUAUGUCUGGCGGAGGUGUAGUCCGGGGACCGGCGGGCAGUAACGACUGUCGCAUAUACGUGGGGAAUCUUCCCCCCGAUAUCCGCUCAAAGGACGUCGAAGAUUUGUUCUACAAAUACGGAGCUAUUCGCGAUAUUGAUCUGAAAAACCGAAGAGGAGGACCACCGUUCGCCUUCGUGCAGUUCGAGGACCCGAGGGAUUCUGAGGAUGCUGUCUACGGGCGUGAUGGUUAUGACUACGAUGGCUACCGCUUGCGCGUCGAGUUUCCUAGAAGUGGACGAGGAGGAGGAGGAGGAGGAGGAGGUGGCGGCGGAGGGGGAGGAGGUGGUGGAGGCGGCGGCGGUGGAGGCGGUGGACCGAUGGGACCGCAGAGCAGAAGGCAUGGCCCCCCCUCUCGACGCUCAGAGUACAGGGUUCUUGUGUCAGGUCUUCCAUCCAGUGGAAGCUGGCAGGACCUUAAGGAUCACAUGCGCGAGGCAGGUGAUGUAUGUUAUGCUGAUGUGUACCGUGAUGGCACCGGGGUAGUUGAGUUUGUACGCAAAGAAGACAUGUCCUACGCUGUCCGUCAAUUGGACAACACCAAGUUUCGGUCUCAUGAGGGAGAGACUGCCUACAUUCAUGUCAAGGUGGACGGUCCUCGCAGCCCGAGCUACGGCCGCUCCCGCUCUCGUAGCCGGAGCCGUAGCAGGAGCAGGAGCCGUAGUCGUAGCCGCAGCCCGAGUCCGAGCCAAAGCCUAAUCAAGUGUGGGUCACGUCGCAGCAGAGGGUCUCCACGUUACUCUCCCCGCCGCUCCCGCUCCCGCACCUAGAGCCGCCAUAGCUAACGCAAUGGCGUGACUCCAGAGCCAGAGGAAGUCUUCACGUCGCUCAACAAAUCCUGUAUAGUCAUAACGGAUCAUCUCAUGAUACCUGUUUACACUGUCUUCUUGUGUAUCCUUGUUCCCCCCCCCCCCCACUUUUUGUUGCAGUUUUCUUAUUACAAUAUUUUUUGUCCACGGACCCAUUUCUUCCUUUUCCCUUUCUCACCCAUCAGUUUUCUGACCCGUCACUCCUACCUACACCUUUCUUCUGCUUGUCUUUGUACGCUUUGUUUUGAAGAUUUAACUUCUUUAAAGCAUAUACUGCUGUCCUUUUGACCCUCUUGUGUGUCUCUCUGUAGAGUUCAGAGGAACAGGAUAGGAUGGGAACAGAGGAAACAGUUCAUAUUAAGAUAAACAGGAGGAGGAGUCAAAUAUGGCACCAAUGGUAUGAUGGCUGUGCCUUGUCAACUGUGAAAUCUGCAUUAUACGGCUGUUUGGUUUUUUUAACAUGCACUUGUCAAUAGAGUGCUGCUGUUUAAUGUUUUCAGUUGUAACAACAAGUUCUGUAUACCACUUUGUAUUUGGAGACUCAAAACUUGUGUUUUUUUGCUCGUCUCCAUCUUUUAAGUCUCCAAAGUAAAUAUUAGUAGUUUUGGGAAUGAUUAUAUAGGGCGUUCCCUGUUUUUCAUGAAGUAAACUCCCUCGUAGAUGCAUUUAUUGACAUUUUUAUUUUGGUAUUUUCUGAAGGUGUGAUUCUAACUUGCCUCCUUCUCUUUGGUUCUGCUGGUAUUCUGAAGGUUUGGACUGGGCUCAUUGACCCCCCAUUCCGGAGCCGGAUCAGGAUCAGAGCAGGAUUAGGAUUAGGCUUCAGGAUGGAUACAUGGAUCAGGAGCAUGGGAGCAUUUUACCGGGAGAUGAUCCUGACCCCUGGCCCUGUCCACAUAACCCCAUCAAACCGGAAAUAGGGAAAUAUUCAAACAGAAUUGGCUUUCAAAUAAUCCAAAUUACUUCCUUUUUUUUUCUCUCCUCCAUUUUGUGUGGGACCUCAAAGACACAAUUACUGGCGGCACUGUGACGAGCGGUUAUUUUCGGAUUUUUGUUUUUCAAAAUUAUAACAAAAGAAGAGCUCAGCUCAAACCCAGGAGGAGGGCUGGGAGGUGCAGGAUGGAUCCACACGCUUAAGGAAAGUGGUAAAUAGUGAGUGACCAUUAACAGCGGAGUAGGGAGGGAAGAGGGAGGACUAGGACGCGACAAGGGAAUGUGACCUUAAUGUGGUUUGUAUCUUUUUCUUAGGUCAGUCUUUUGCUGCAAAGGAUGAUUUGAUUGAUUUUCUUAAGUAUAAUCUCCAGUAUCCUGAAGCUUUAUUCUCUUUUAAUAAAAAUUUCAAUAACA